GAGCCCUUCUAUAAACGAACCGUAUCUAUUUAAAGAAUUCCCUUCGCUUCCAGUUCGGGUCAAUUGUCCUUUUCUCGUUUUUUCGCCCCUCUUUUUGGGAUCUCAAGUCAAUCAAUCUCUCUCUCUCUCUCCCCAAUUUGAAUUUGUCGCCAUGGCCAAGAGUUCCUUUAAGAUGGAGCACCCACUUGAGAGGAGGCAGGCUGAAGCUGCACGCAUCAGAGAGAAGUACCCAGAUAGAAUUCCAGUGAUUGUAGAGAGGGCUGAAAAGAGUGAUGUGCCUGACAUUGAUAAGAAGAAGUAUCUGGUUCCUGCUGAUUUGACUGUUGGCCAGUUUGUGUAUGUGGUUCGGAAGAGGAUCAAGUUAAGUCCUGAGAAGGCCAUAUUCAUUUUUGUCAAGAACAUUCUACCACCCACUGCGGCUAUGAUGUCUGCAAUUUAUGAGGAAAAUAAGGAAGAAGAUGGUUUCCUUUAUAUGACCUACAGUGGCGAGAACACCUUUGGGAUUUGCUGAAUUGUGAUUAAGUUGCAUCUAUGUGAAUAGGAAUUGCAAAUAAAACUAAGAAAAUGAUGGAAUUAGAUUAGAUGUAAAUUCUCUGCAGUUCGUUAGAUUGAUGUUCUAGGCAGUACACUAUGGUUUGGAUCAAUGUAUACUCUUGCCAGUUUGACUACCUCCUUUAUGAUUAGGGUGAAUGACUAUUUUAAGUAAAUGAAUUGUUUGUGCAUCUCUA